UCCAAUAUGGCGGGAAACUUUGUAAAUAAAGAUUUGUUAAGUGUUUCUCGGGCACAAAUAAUAUGAAAUAUUAGUCUUUCUAGACUACAAGUCUAGAUCUAGAUAAUAAUUAGAUAUACCAAUCUAAAAUUAUUAGCUUUAGCCUACAUUCUACAUUUAAAGAAUAAAAAUGGAUGAUUCAUUCGAAUUGGAAUAUGCCGACGAAUUAGAAAUUUUAGGUGAUGAUGAAGACAUAAUUGUUCCUUGCCAAGACCCUCCAAAAUCAAAGCGAUCACUGAAAUUUGGUACUCCUAAAUCACAGAAGAACAGCUCAAAGACUCAAGAGAACAGUCUCAGUGAUCAUGAUAGUUCACUACUAACAGAACAUGCAGUACCGUCUCCUUUACCAAAUGUAAAUGGUGGGAACAGUACAACACGCAAGAGAGUUCAAAAUAACUUUGAUUCUUCUGAUGAUACAGAUGGAUUUUUAAAUGAUGAUUUUCCUAGUGAUGAUUUUCCAUCUUUGACAUCCUCGAGAAAACGUCCUCGGCUCUAUGAUUCCAAAAAAAAUGAAGAUUCCCAAAAGAAUGACGAUUCCAAAAAGGAUAACGGAAAACAAUUGGACUCAGUUACUGCAGAUGCCAUCAGAUUUAUUGAGAAGUACAGGAGAGAUAAGGUGGUGCAAUCACUUCAAAGUACUCAGUCAAACUCUAGGCUGAAUGAUGGUGAGGAUAUGGAACGCCCUCGAGUUCACAAACGCAUUCCCAAAUGUGAUUUCAUCAGUGCCCUCGGUUAUGAUGGAGAAAGAGUCUACAUGAAACUCUGGAAUGAAGAUGUAAUGGAGGCUGAGUAUUCAUGUCUUGGUAGUGAUGCUCGUGCUUCAGGGCUUUUGACUACACCUGUUUGUGUUAUGAAAGAGAUCCUGGAAAACGAGAACUCAAGAAAACUAAUGUCAGAAUCAGAAGCACUGCAUGAUAAAAUUUCUAGGCUUGUGAGCGAUGAUACUGAUAUGGACAGUGAAAAUAAUACAGAGAAAAUAAAAGACAGUGAUGCUAGUCAUUCAGUCAUCUGCAGUGACAACAAAACAGUGGACAAGCUGACAGAGGAUUUAAAAUCUUUAUGGGUUGAAAAAUAUGCCCCGAAAACAUACACAGAACUCCUUAGUGAGGAAUCUAUUAACAGAAGCCUCUUGCACUGGCUCAAGUUGUGGGACUAUGUUGUGUUUGGCAAGGACAUCCCUAAACCAACUAAAAAACAAAACAAUUGGAAGAAGGAGAAAGAAAAAAAUCCUAAAUUUAAAAAAGCAUUUCAGUCUGAAGUAGCUGAACAGUUGGAUAAACACAAUAGACCCGAACAGAAGAUUGCCUUGCUCUGUGGACCACCUGGCCUGGGAAAGACAACUCUUGCUCAUAUAGUUGCUACACAUGCUGGUUAUAAUGUUGUAGAAAUGAAUGCCAGUGACGAUCGAAGUGUUGAAAUUUUCAAAAAUAAAAUUGAAUCAGCCACUCAGAUGAAAUCUGUAAUGGAAGCUGACCCUCGCCCCAACUGCCUGAUAAUUGAUGAAAUUGAUGGAGCUCCAGGGCCAGCAAUCAAUGUAUUAUUGAACACGAUAAAAAUGUCAGAAAUUGAAGCAGACAAUAAUAAAAAGAAAAAGAAACCAGGCCAAAUCUUACUUCGUCCAAUUAUCUGUGUUUGCAAUGACCAAUAUGUACCAGCACUUAGACAACUGAGGCAGAUGGCGCUUAUACUGAACUUUCCACACACUGAAUCCAGCAGGCUGGCUAGCAGACUACAUCAGGUUGUUAAAGCAGAAACAUUGAAGGCUGAUCUCAAUGCUCUUUUGGCACUAUGUGAAAGGACAGACAAUGACAUCAGAUCAUGUCUCAAUACCUUGCAGUUUGUCAAACAAAAACAGAAAGAGUUGACUCUGCGGGAUGUUCAGACUAUGAGUGUUGGACAGAAAGAUACUCAGAAAAGUUUGUUUACAGUGUGGCAUGAUGUAUUCACAAUGCAAAGAGUGAAAAAAAAUAAUUUUGUGAGCAUUCAUGACUUAACUGAAGGAAAGCAGGAUGCUUUACACUCUAAUACAAUAUCUCCAUCUUCAAGAUUUGAACACAUUUUAAACAUCAGCCAAAGUGCUGGAGAGUAUGAUAGAAUUUUGCAAGGGUUACAUGAAAAUUAUUUGGAAGCAAAAUCCAAAGAUCCACAUCUCACAGGGCUCAACUUGUCUAAUGAGUGGAUUUGUUACGCAGAUCUCACAAACCAGUAUAUUGCCAAAAGUCAGGACUAUUCUGUUAUGAAAUAUUCUACUUUUCUGCCGAUUGUUUUUCAUUUUCUCUACGCGUCAUUCAGUCCUUUCCGUGUGCAGUUCCCACACAGUCAAACAGAUGCAAACCAAAAGUUAAUAAAAAUCAACAAUUUGCUGACGACAAUGGUUACAGAUAUGUCUCCUAUGGUCCGCAAGUUUAAUAAUACCAGAACCAUUGUUCUUGAUUUGUUGUCUCCCUUACUUGAAAUUCUUCAACCAACCCUUAGACCAGUGAAUACUCAGCUAUAUAGCACAAGAGAAAAAGAAGAGCUCUCUAAUGUUGUGAAAAUCAUGAUAGCCUACAACCUGACAUAUCAUCAGGAAAAGUCACCUGAUGGACAGUAUGUUUAUGCCUUGGAUCCAAACUUGGAAGAUGUUGCCAGGCUCCCAGGUCUUAAACAGAAAAAGCAGUUGACUUAUGCAGCCAAGCAAAUGAUUGCUAGAGAGAUUGAACUAGAAAAAAUGAGACGCACUGAAUCUAAGCACAUCCCAGUUUCUAAUAAAGAAGUGAAAGAAAAAGAUGUGGUCAAGUCAGCAUCCCCAUCAGUGCCUAACCAUCUCCAAAAACUGGAGGCUAAAAGCUUACGAUCAGAAAAGCCAAGCUACAAUUUUUUUGGGAAUUUUGUAAAAACAAAAAGGGAGAAGCCAGUGUCAAAAGACGUUGUUGAGGUGAAAGAUGAUAAAAGCAAGAAAGAUCUUUUGGACACUGUCAUUUGGUUUCACUUCAAAGAAGGAUUUUCUAAUGCUGUCAGGCGGAGCGUUAAAGUUCAAGAUUUGUUAUAAUAUUUAUUGUCGACAAAUAGAAUUUGUUUUCUGUAUUUUGAAUGUAUUGUUUGGAUACAAGGCACAAAGUUGGGAACAUGUUCCACCUGUUCAUACACCUCUUGUGUUUGUUGCUGUGAUUUAUGCAUUUCAUUUUUAUGUAAUUGUUAAAACUUGAUAUGUAUGUCUGACAUAAAAUAUUAUUUACCAAUACAGAAGUAUUGAUUUCAA